CGUGGUGAGCGGCACCGUUCUUUCUCCACGGCUGGGCUCGCUGGGUCUAGCCUCGGCGCUUCUGGAAGCUGAGAGGGAGGCGUUAGACCCAACACACCCGGCUUAGGGCGCGGGGAGGGUUGCGCGCGGAUGGCUGGUGGGUGUGAUCCGAGCCGUAGGUGUCGCUGGUCGCCAGGCGGAGCCCUGCUACUGACCCGGGGAGACUGAGCGGGAGGGGGAGGCUCUGGCGGAGUCGCGCUGUCCUGGGACUGUCUCCUGACUGUCACCUGCUGCAAGGGCAGCGCGCCCAGCAGCCUCGGCGAGGGCCUGCGACGUGCGAGUUAAGAUACCAAACAGAACUAGCUAGACAAGUCCCGCUUAUAACCCAGAUUGAGACACAAGAAAGAAGGAGACCGCCUUGCUGCCAAGGAGCAAAAUAAUCAAUAGGAGCAGAACCAGACAUUUGCUCAGAUGUUAGAACUACCAGAUGGCAUCCGAGGCAGAGCCCCGCCCCCUGGGCAUGUUUGAGUGCCAGCUCUGUGCCUUGACAGCUCCUUACAGCUACGUGGGGCAGAAGCCCCCAGACACCCAAGCUGUUGUCCUCCUGGAGGAGAGCUACAUCAUGAAGGAUCCCUUCUCCUCAGACAAGGCCAGGUUUCUGGUCCUCGGCGCACGGUGCAGUGUAUGCGGCAGGCGGGUGUGUGUGGGCCCGGACUGCAGCCUGUUCUACUCCAAGAGGGUCUGCCUCCCCUGCGUUCAGGAGAAUAGCAGUGCUUUCCCUCAGGAAAUCCGGCAGGAUGUGGAGAAGAGAAAGGGCGCCUCCAAGAGACCUUCCAGCCAUCCCUGACUGGCAGGCACACAGCCUCCUGUGCAUUGUUGUGUUGGCUCGGCCAAGGUUCCGGCUGGGAGCUGUGUAUCUGGCCGCCUCUGAACUGUGGAGUACCUGCAGCCCCGGGAACUGAGGAGCCGGCCAGGACUGAGGACAGACAGCAAGAGUGGAUCCAGCUGCAGCUCCAGGGCUGGCCUCUGGUGGAGGUCAGGAGUGAGGGAAAGGGAGCCUCCUUCAGCAGACAGUUGGUAGACACUUCCUGUAGAUGUACCCGUGGAGACUCCUAGCUUCUGUCCAGGGCUUCCAAGUAACAUGAUGUCAUCUGCCUGUAGGGAAAUCAGCCUCUGAGGGCCAGUGGCAAGGCCCGAGGAUAUGCAAGGGUUACGUCAUAUCCUGGGCAAUGCCUGGGGAAUGAUUUAAACCUCUACCUUGUAGCAUGUUUAUAAUUAAAAACCUGAAGAAUAAACUAAUGGUUUAAGUAA